CUGCGGGUGAAUUAUGAGUCCUUGGUUGAUUGGCGCAUGCACGAAGACUUACUUCGGUGCAACCCAAAAUUCUAUGGAUCACCGAGGUUCGAUUGUGUCAUUGUGAAAACUACAGACAAUCUGUUCUUUGCUCGCCUCAUGUACUUGUUCGGCUGCUCGAUUGGCGAUACUGAUUUUUCUCUGGCCCUUAUCCAUCCUUAUGAUGCUGGUAUUGGUGUUCGUCGAAGGCAGGAUGUUGAUUUGGGAUUGUGGCAUGUACGAGCCAAA